GAGGGAGAAAGAUUCAGAGAGGGAGAGAGACAGAGAAGUAGAGGGUUUGGAUAGAGAAAGAGGGAGGGAGACAGAGGGAGGAUUCAGUCAGAAAGAAGAGACAGAGAGAGACAGAGGGAGAAAGGGAGAGAAACAGAGAGAGAAAAAAGAGAGAGGAGGAAGAGAGAGACACACAGAAAGAGACAAAUCGAGGGAAACAGAGAGAGGCACCCAAAAAAGAGGGUGAAACCUAGAAAAAAAAGAGAGUCAAGGAAAGCGUGAGAGGGGAAGGAGAGUGGAGGAAGAAAGGAAGAGAGAGGACUAGAGAGACCGGUGUAGAGAAGGACAGGACAAGGCGGAGAUAGUUCGGAGGGAGAGAGAAAAAGCGAGGGAGAUAUCAGCAGAUUGACAAGGCUGGGAGCAGCGAAGGCAAGAAGGAUACAGAGUUGGAGGAAGACCAGAAGAGGCAGGGAAGACAGAGCAAGAGAGAGGGAGGGUUGCAGAGAGACAGUGUGAGAGAGACAGAGAGAAAGAGAGAAAGAGAGAGUGAGGGAGAGAGGAAACCUUGCAUGAGAGGAGUGUUAGGGAGCUCUCUCCCUGAAUAAAACGCAACUUCACACCGUUUGAGGGUCUAAGGAGAAAGAAAAGAUUCCGUUUUACAUGUGCACGGAUCUCUGUUGCUGUGAGAGCGAGAGGGCUCUGGCCGUUCCCCUCGGCUGCUCCGCAGGCCUCAUCCCCUUCCACGUCCACUAGCCCCCGCCGACGGGCAGAUGCUGGAAUCGGAAGUGGAACUGGUCCCCUCUCCAGGACCCCUGUCCCACCGGCCGGAUGGCGUCGGAGAUCCUGGUCACAUCGGUGGGGGCAAAGACGGCUACACGCCUCAGACUCGGCGCUCCUUUACACCAGACGAGUUCGUCGCCAGCGAGAAGUCCCAACUGAUCCCCAGCCCAGGAGGAGGAGACCCGGAGAAGGAGGCAGACAACAGCCUACCUCAGACCCUGCGCCCGGCGCAGGUGAAUGGGAAUGCAGAUGCCAUGGUGAAGCGGCCCACCUGCCUGAGCCCGUUACCCUGCCACUCGGUGAGGCAGCAGCCCCACUCUCCACGCGUUGUCCCCGUUCUCCCGGGAUCCCCCGGAACCAACUACAAGUCUGCUGCCUCGCAGCUCUCCACCUCCCCGGGGGAAGACUUCUGCCUGCACUGCGUGCUUGCCUGCCUGUUCUGUGAGCUGCUCUCGUUCUGCGGGACGCUGGAGUGCGCUGGGACGGAGGGGGUGUCCACCCCGGCCGGGGGGGGCGGCUGCUGUGCCGGGGGGGCCGAGGGCUGCGGGGCCGCCGAGGAGGUCUGCCCGUGGGGCGGGGGCUGCGGGCUGCUGCACGAGUGCUGUGGGACCGGCGAGUGCGUGGAGAUCUGCCUGGAGUGCUGCUCCAUCUGCUUCCCCGCCUGAGGGGUGGGGAAGGGCGGGGUACCCUCCCCUCUCCCUCAUCCUCCCCUCUCCCUCUCCCCACCCUCCCUCUCCCCUCUCCCUCUCGCCACCCCCUCUUCCUCCCUCACCCCUCUCCUCCCACCACCUUCCUCCUUCUCCCCUCUCCCUACUACCUCUCCUCCCACCCCCUCUUCCUAUCACCACCCUCUCCCUCUCGCCACCCCCUUCCUCCCUCUCCCCUCUCGCCACCCCCUCUUCCUCCUCCCCUCUUCCUAUCACCACCCUCCCUCUCAUUACCCCUCUCCUCCUACCCCCUUCCUCCUUCUCCCCUCUCCCUCUCACCACUACCUCUCAUCCCACCCCCUCUUCCUAUCACCACCUUCCCUCUCACUACCCCCCUCCUCCCACCAUCACCCUCCCUCUUCUCCCACCCCCUCGUCCUAUCAUCACCCUCCUCUCCCUCUCACCACCCCUCUUCCUCUACCCCCUCCCUCUAUUACCUCUCUUCCCCUCCCUCCCUCCUUUUCCCCUCCCACUCUCCCUCUCUGCUCUUUCUCUCUCACCUCUCUCUCUUCCCUUUCCUCUACCUGCUCCCUCUCCCCUUCUCACCCCACCCCUCCCUCACCCUCCCUUUUCCCUUCCCCUCCCACUCUCCCUGUUUCUUCUCUCUCCCUCUCUCCCUUUCCUCCCUCUCUCCCCAACCCUCCCUCUUUUCCUCCCUUCCCCUUACCAUCUUCCCUCUCCCCAUCUUCCCUCCCUUUCUCCCUCUUUCUAUCCCUCUCAUCUCCUGCCCUCUCUACUUCCUCUUCCUCCUAUCCCUACUCUCCUCCUCUCCCUCUCCUCACCUCCCUGGUCCCCUUCAUCCCUCUCCAUCUCCCUCUCUCCCCCCCCACCCCACACCCAGUACCGGGGACCAUUGGUAACAGU